CCGCCGACUGUCAUAUCAGCAAGGACUAAACCUGGCCAGAGGAGCUUCUGAUCAAGAAAUCAGAUUUUCUAAGGUCUGGAAGAGUCCAGUAUGUUGGAUCAGAUUCAUCUGCUGGCUGCCGUGACAGUCCUGGGAGUCCUGGAGCAAGCCUACUUCCUCCUCCAGGUGAUCUAUGCCAGGAGGGUGUUCGGCGUUUCUCCUCCAAUGAUCUCGGGCCCACCGGAAUUUGAGAGGAUCUUUCGAGCACAGGUGAACUCCUCCGAAUAUUUUCCCAUUUUCCUGGCAGUUCUGUGGCAGGCUGGACUCUUCUUCCAUCAAGGUCUGUCUGCAGCCUUGGGUCUGCUCUAUCUCUAUGCCCGCUACUGCUACUUCAUGGGAUACAGGGCAUCGUCCUCAGAAAGGAUUGCCCCCAUAUACUUUAGCGCUGGAGUUCUCUGGAUUCUCGUUGCAGCGUCAGCCCUGGGCAUCUUGCAUUUCUUCCUCUCUCACUACGUGGGGCUGAAUGUCCCCCAGCUUCUCACAGCGUGACCCACUCCUCUGUCCCUCAUCGGUGUCCUCGCCUUCCAGUCCUGCUCCCUCCUGCCCAUGGUAACAGACUGGCUGCAACUAAUACAGGGCCCAGUGACAAAUCCACCCUCACCUGAGUUUUUAACGCCUCCCUCCCUACUGCCCAGCACUGGCACGAACUGCUGAGCUCUUCAGGACGUAUUUUUCCCCCACGGCACACUGUGUGCCCAGUGCUCCGUAUCUGGCA